AGGUCUCGGCCCGGCCCGUCAAGGUUUGUUCACAUGCCACGCUCCACAUCCUUAUCGGCCUGAUCACUGUAGGCCCGCCCUGAUCCCCAGAGACAGGUGCAGACCGGGGGUCCAGAGGCCCGCGCCGGGAACGCUAUUUUCCACCCGGCAGCCACGGAGAGAGGACAACAUGGCAGCUCGCUCUGGCUCCGACGAUAAGGACAUAGAGGGUUAAAGCUCCGGCUAAGGUGGCCCCGCGGGGCGGACGGCGAUCUCUCCUAUCCUCACCCCUCACCGGUCUGGGUACGGGGCGGGGACGAGUCGCUUUUGUUCUGGGAAGCUGAGAACAGGCCCACAGGAAGGGAUCUGGGGCGGACGGGCAGCACGGCCGCGGCAGGAAGCGGAGGAGCAGGGAAGGUCCGGUCCUUGCCUCCGCACAACAGCGAGCCAGUCCCUGCCGCACAGCGCAGCCUGAAGGACGGACAGCCCGAAAACGCUCCCGCCGUUUUUUUUCUUUCUCCCGGUGGCCUUCCUCACCUUCGAGGACAGGGGGGGGGGGGGGCGGGGGGGGGUCACCUCCUUUUUUUGCGAGGUUCUCUGGGACUUAACUUAACGGUGGAAGGCGCUGGCUAGACGUCCCGUCCUCGUACCUACUCCAGUCCUAUAUGAUGUCUGUCCUCCAGAGGCUGGCAGGGAGGUUGUUCCAGCGAGCAGGGCCCUGUUUGGGAGACAUGGGCAGCGGAGAGGGCAGAGACGGUCGGCCAGAGGAGGAGCCAGAGGCCUACUUCUGGAUGAAAGAGUUUCUCGCCAAAGCCAAAGAAGAUUUCCUCAAGAAAUGGGAGAAUCCAGCCCAGCAAACUGCGGCUCUGGACCAGUUUGAUCGUCUGAAAACCCUGGGCACGGGAUCGUUCGGUCGAGUCAUGCUGGUCAAGCACAAAGAUUCAGGCCAGCAUUUCGCUAUGAAGAUACUUGACAAACAGAAGGUGGUGAAACUGAAGCAGAUUGAACACACGCUGAAUGAGAAGCGCAUCUUGCAAGCAGUCAGCUUCCCUUUCCUGGUGCGGUUGGAGCACUCCUUUAAGGACAACACAAACCUGUAUAUGAUCAUGGAGUACGUCCCCGGAGGAGAGAUGUUCUCCCAUUUAAGGAGAAUUGGCCGCUUCAGCGAGCCGCACGCCCGCUUCUACGCCGCCCAGAUCGUGCUGACGUUCGAGUACCUGCACUCGCUGGACCUCAUCUACCGGGACCUGAAGCCUGAGAAUCUGCUGAUCGACCAGCAGGGCUACAUCCAGGUGACGGAUUUCGGCUUUGCCAAGCGGGUGAAAGGCCGGACCUGGACGCUGUGCGGCACCCCCGAGUACCUGGCCCCGGAAAUCAUCCUGAGCAAAGGUUAUAAUAAAGCUGUGGACUGGUGGGCUCUCGGGGUGCUGAUUUAUGAGAUGGCUGCCGGCUACCCUCCCUUCUUUGCGGACCAGCCCAUCCAGAUCUAUGAGAAGAUCGUAUCGGGGAAGGUGCGCUUCCCCUCCCACUUCAGCUCCGACCUGAAGGACCUGCUGAGGAACCUGCUCCAGGUGGACCUGACCAAGCGCUUCGGGAACCUGAGGAACGGCGUCAACGACAUCAAGGGCCACAAGUGGUUCGCCACCACCGACUGGAUCGCCAUCUACCAGAGAAAGGUGGAGGCCCCGUUUAUUCCCAAGUGCAAAGGGCCCGGCGACACCAGCAACUUUGACGACUACGAGGAAGAGGAGAUCCGGGUCUCCUUCACAGAGAAGUGUGGGAAGGAGUUUGCCGAGUUCUAGACCCAACCAGGAGGAGUGGAAAGAGACAGGCAUGUAGAGAGAACCGGGGGGACAAAAAACGAAAGGAAGCCGGAGGAGAGGUGUUAAGCUGGACUGCUUACUUGCAUCUUGUAUUGACGACAUCAACAAUGUAACCUCCCCCCCCCCCCCCUCCCCUCCCCCUCCCACACACCCCCCUCCCCGAACAAAGAACAAGUUGACAGAGAGAAGAGGAAGGACCCGACAGAACCGGCAGUGUUGCUUAUUCUGAUUUGUGUCUCACCUGUUAUCUAUCCAUUGUUUUGUUGUUGUCAUGUUUUCCCUCGUGCUCAUGGCAGGGGCUGGAGAGCCGAGGGGCUCCAGCCCCCUUCUCUUGGGUCUGAAUCUUUCUGCAGGUAGAGGGACACAUGUUGGAUCUUGGCAGGGUAAGGCCUCGACGUUCUGUUCCGGUACUGACGCCGCUCAGCCCCUCCUGAGUGGGGGUCCUCAUCCUCGCGCCUCUUAAGAACGAAGGCGUCCUCUCCCUCGUUUUGUGAGUCUUCAACCGGUCCAAUCUCGUCACCCUGAGCCCCCGUCCCCCACCCACCCACCCUCCUCCCCCUGCCCCUUCCUGUCUCUCCGUCCUGAAUCUGUCCAAGCAAUACCAAGUCCAACAGACGUGCCUAUCAUUACGCCAACUGGUUGCGAAACCGUGUCGAAAGCAUUGGUGCAGAGCUUUGGCUAUGGUGGCAUCAGCCCUUGUGCCCGUUCUAGUUGAAGCUUGAAACUCUGCACACGCCUUUGUCCGCUCGUGGCAUGAUUAUUGGGUACAGAGGAUUCACUCACUGCUUGCAGUUCAGGCAACGCUGACCACUAUGAUCAGAGUCAAAAAUCAUUUUAUCUGUACGAAUUUCAUCUAGGUCUUACUCUCUUUUUUUUCGGGACCUGUGGGGGGGGGGGGGGGGGGGGGGGAGUGUACAUGAGCUCAGCAUUUCUAAUGUCAAGUCUGUCUUCUCAACUAAAUUUAUUAGAGCAUUUUUAAAUCUUUUUGGUGAUCAUUUUGUCCUUUCCAGUCAGUAUGUGCUUGUGUGUUAUUUAGUGUUCUAGGGUGGGUUAAAAGCAGUGAUUUGGCAGUGAACUAACAUUUUGAUCUCACACUCCUGGCUAUUGUUUAUUUAAUUAAAAGCACAUGUAUACAUGUAUGUUGAUAUAUAAUAGCUAUUAUCCAUAUUUUUCCCAUCAUUGUCUCAUAGCUUUGAAACCGUAAUGAAGAUUUCAGAAAUAAAUAGGUAUGAUUUCUGCCAAAUUUGCAAAUUAAGGACAUUGCUUAAUUAAAGGUUUCUGUUAGUUAACUGUGAAGAUGGUGGGUUUUAAUACGCAACAAAAGUAGCAAAAACGUUUAAGCAAAAGUUGCAUGUUAUUUUUGUACUAUAUCACUUUUAAAAGUCAGGUGUAAAAGCGUGCGCUCUGGGUUGGGCAGUGGAUCAUGAGACGGAUACUGAGGUGAGUGUUCAAACUGACACUCAGCUUUCUGGAAUGGUUUAAGGCCCACUUUUUUUUGCCAGAAAUCAUGGUUGAUUGUUUUCAUUCAGUGUUCAAGCGGUUUGCUGAUCUAAUUGUCCAUUUAGCAGCUCUACUCAUCCGGCUUUUGCGUUUUCUCUUGUAUUUUUCCCUGAAAUGAAACACUUUAGAAUAGGUCCCCAGUCAGAUAUAAAAACUGUCAGGACUACAGACAUGCGUGGAUGAAAAUUGUAUUUUUCUUCACUUAAUGACAACGUAUGUAUAAAGAUCUGCUAUUAGGAGGGUAUUGUGAAGCUGUCCUGUGAAUAUCCUUUUUUGGAAAGUGGAUCAUCUUUGGAUGCAAGACAAUCGCAACCCAAAUCUGACGGCUGGUUUGUAGACGUGCGUGGUGAAAAUGGAGCACAUUGUCUUGGUUUAGCAGUUUCUCCACAGGCUGCGUUGUGCACUUAUUUAAAGAUAAUGAGCAUUGUAAUAGUAUAACCAACCACUGUUGGAAAUCGUAUGGGCCCUCAACAGUCAGCAGCAAAUGUUUGGCCCUUCUUGUACCCUUCAGAAAGCAUUUCUGUGAUUACUCCUUAAGACGUUUGCCAGUCUGUGUAUGUGGUUGUUGUCGAAAGCAUUAACAUUUAAUCCAGUUUGUCUGAUUAAUCUGGAUGUGUCUGGUGAAAAGAGGUGGUUCUAGAGAAACUUGGAAAAACCCGUAGUCAAGGCUGUUUUAAAACGACACAAUUUUUUUCCAUUUCAAACCCACAUUUCCGAUGCAUCUGUAUGGCAAUUUUUUGCAUGCUGCAGAACAAGUGAAGAGCAAAUGAUACCUUAGGCCUGUUUAUUGUAUGUGACACUAGGAUUUGAAACCAUUCAUAGCCCACUAAUAUUCUGCUAGUGUCACCGAUGGUCUGUUUGAGGGUAACUGAGAGCAGUGGAGUGCCACCUACAGGUAUUCACUCCUCUCAGCUGCCUUGCCAAGGCCCCUCCAAAGCACACCCGUCAGAUAAGAUAUGGUUUAUAGAAUUGUAAAGAAGAAAAACUCGCUGUUUGGGAUGACAUGGACGGUCAUUUUCAUGGUUUGCAGAUUGCUGGAUCUGACAAACAGCUCUAGCUUUUGAGUUUUGGAAUACGGAAGGAGACAUAAGCUUCAAUAAACCUGAGACAACGAAGGCAUUACAUUCUUUGUUUUGGCUUCUCUUAUCAACCUCCUGUCAAAAGAAUGAGUUUCUUUCUUUUACUGCCCUUUGUCAUUUGUUCCCAUUACCUUGUCUGUGGUAAUCUUCAAUCCUCUGUUUGCACCUAGUUCCAUUCACUUCAUCUGAACGUUUCACAUUUAACAUCAUGGAGAAAAAAACGUUAUUUUCACAUCUUCUCAGUGUAUUUUCAAAAACAUGAAUAUAUUUUUUCUCCUCCUGACCUGGGUACAGUGAUGGUGUAGUCUAUUGUGCCCCUUUGGGUAACAAUAUGUAUAUCUCUGCCUUUGACAGUCUUAACUAUCUUACCUUCUGGAGAACUUGACAAAUACCCUUAGGACACAAUGAGUAUGUUAAGAAAAUACAUAAAGUAAUAUUUUGCAACAUGUAUCAUUCCAAUAAAGUUUUACUUGUUGAAACUAA